AUGUCUUUCCCUACCCUGGGUGUUCAACACCUAAAAGCAUGGACGCUGCUUAUCACUCCAGCAUCUUUUAUUUUGGUCUUGGGUGUUUACUUUAUGAGUAUCACCGUUUAUCGACUCUGGUUUUCACCUAUUGCCAAGUUUCCUGGACCUAAAAUAGCAGCUAUCAGCGGAUGGUACGAAGCUUAUUACGAUAUCGUGAAAAGAGGAAAGUAUUUAUACGAGAUUGAGAAGAUGCACAACAUCUAUGGCCCUGUUGUUAGAAUCAAUCCAUGGGAACUAUCCAUCAAGGACCCAGAGUUUUAUACGGAGCUUUUCGUUGCGGCAAACACAAGACGAACCGAGAAAUGGGCCAGUUCACUUGCCGGACUUGGUUUUGACGACACUCAUAUUGCAACCGUCUCACACGAGCUGCACCGAAAGCGAAGAAAGCCACUAGCUCCAUUCUUCACACGCCGCAGUCUCGAAAGCGUUGAGGUGCAAAUCGCCGAAAAAGCAGCAAUUCUAGACAAACGCCUGCAGAGGUUCAGCGGUUUGGACACCGCGGUUCACCUCGAGCAUGCAUUCUCUGCUUUUGCUGGAGAUAUCAUCUGCCAAAUCUGUUGUGAUCAUCCUUCUGAACUGCUGAAUGACCCGACGUUUGCAACUUACUGGCAUAAUUUCUUCAACACGAUAACAGAAACAGGUCUUGUAUUUCUCAACUUCCCAUUACUUAGAGGGUUUAUCGUGAAAUUGCCGGAGCAGGUACUGUCUAAAUUGUCUCCCGCAAUCGCUCAUCUGCAGAUGCUAGAGGUGAUAGCUAGAUCUGGCAUUGAUGAUGCCAACAAGGCCAAAGUCGAAGCGUCUUUAAGUAAAACCGAAUCCACGCCUACCCUUUUCCAAAUCAUGGUCUCAAGUGACAUGCCGCCAGCUGAAAAGUCAAUGGAUCGACUUACUCAAGAAGCUAUGCUCCUUUUUGGUGCUGGGUCUUUUACAGUCGCGAGCACAAUGGGCACGAUUUCAUACCACUUGCUCGACAACCAAUCCGCAAGAAUAAAACUACAAGAAGAAAUUGGAAACACUAUGUCUGCAUAUCCCCAUCGAAUUCCUCAUCGAGUAGAGCUAGAAAAAUUACCUUACUUGACGGCAGUGGUAAAAGAGGGUCUUCGCAUAGGAACGGUGAUCAGCCGUCGCCAAACCCGAAUGUUCCCUGACGAAGAUGUGGAGUGUCAAGGAUGGACUAUCCCACGAAACACUCCGAUGGGCAUGUCCGCCUACUUCAUGCACAUGGACCCCGAUAUCUUUCCAGAGCCACAGAAGUUCAUUCCUGAGCGAUGGCUAGGCGAGUAUAACCCAUUGAUGGAUAGGAACUUUGUGCCAUUUGCAAAAGGGUCUCGUGGUUGCUUGGGGGAGAAUUUGGCAUAUUCAGAGCUAUAUAUCCUGACAUCAGUAUUGUUUCGUCCAGGAGGGCCGAGGAUGUCUCUCUUUGAGACGGAUGUAAGUGACGUGGAGAAAGUGCAUCAUUUUACUGCCUCAUUGCCCAAGAUGGAUAGCAAGGGAUUAAGGAUUAAGGUUCAAUGA